AUGCUGUAUCCUGAGAGAGACAUUCAGGCAAUGUGGAGGGUUUUCAACAAGAUAUCGCUUGCAGUCUCUGCCAUAAACACAAUGUACUAUGUAGACAGAAGAUGGGGCAUAUUCAACUACAUCGAGUAUCUUGCCAUUCUGAUCAUAUUCCUGUUUUUAGUAAAAGACAAGUACAUUAAAAAACAGAAAAAAGAGGACAAAAUACUCCCCAUAUACCUUCUGCACAUUUUAUUUGUUGCUCCUCUCUUUCACAACGCGUUCUGUGGAGUUGGCUGUCUCUUUGCGCUCGGCCUUGUCUUGUGUGCUUUUUCGUUCUUUCCAUUCCACAUUAACAAGAUAGCAAGGAUACUCUCCUGUCUCUGUUUUACGUCAAAGAUAGAGCUGAUAGAGUCUGCAAAUGGGUUUGUUAUUGUUUCCAUAGUGGGAAUGUAUGCGAUAAACAAGUACUGGAGCGUAGAAGUGUACAAGCUACGCGCGGUUUCUCUGGCCAUUAACAUUGUGUGCAGCAAUCUUGCAGGGCCGCCUUUUGCGAGAAGUGUAGCAAUUUGGGAGCUGUUUUGCACGGUUAUAUCUCCGCUGGUUGUGAUACUGGUUUAUCAAAAAAAACACAAGAUACAGCUGCAGAGAAAGAAGCUCAUAAAGAGCAGGAAAAAAAGAUAUCUCUUCAAAGAAGAAGACAGUCUAGCCCCCUUGGAUGGGAUAUGCUCACUUAAGGAGUCUCCUGUACAUAGUAUAGCACAAGAAAUAAAGAGCUAG